AUGUACCCUUUGCCUGGCACCGAAGCGGCACACAGCGAGUUUCUAGCCAAGCAAGCCAAGUGUUAUGUGGAAGGUAUCCAGUGGAUUCUGCACUACUAUUACCAUGGAGUUCAGUCCUGGAGCUGGUACUACCCCUACCACUACGCUCCCUUCCUGUCUGACAUCAGGAAUAUAGCUGGGUUAAAGUUGACCUUUGACCUUGGAAAACCCUUCAUGCCCUUCCAGCAGCUGUUGGCAGUCCUGCCUGCUGCCAGCAUGGAGCUGCUGCCCGAGUGCUACAGGCACCUGAUGACCAGUGAAAGGUCACCCAUUAUUGAGUACUAUCCUCUUGACUUCAAAACUGACCUCAAUGGCAAGCAGCAAGAAUGGGAAGCUGUGGUACUCAUUCCGUUCAUAGACGAGAGGUGCUUACUAGCGGCAAUGGACCCCUGCAAUGACAAGCUGACGAAAGAAGAGAAGGCCAGGAACCGUCACACAGAGUGUGCAGUCUACUCAUAUGACCAUGAACUAGACUUCACAUACAACUCCACCCUGCCUCAGCUGUUUCCUGACAUCAUUCACUGUCAUGUCAGGAAAGCAAACAUCCCUAUGGAUGCUUGGCAAGUGCAGUUAGACCAUGUCAGCAGGCGCUUCGACCGCUCAGCUCUGUACUUCUGUGGCUUCCCCACCUUGCAACACAUCAGACACAAGAUAUGUGAUGAUGUUGCUGCACAAGUACUGGGGAAGUCUGUGUUUGUCAACUGGCCCCAUCUAGAGGAAGCUCGUGUCAUUGCAGUUUCAGACGGAGAAACCAAGUUUUAUCUCGAGGAACCUCCUGGUGUCCAACAAAUCUACGACAGACCGUCCACUCCUCCUCCCACCAAAGUCACCUGCCUCUCCGACAAAGAGCAGAAAGAUUGGGUGCAAGAUUCUCAAGAUGUCAUCAAAGAGGGUCGAGUACGAGUCGUCUUCAACGUGCCGUAUGAGCCACAGCUGGAGCAGUUAAUCCAGAAUCAGCAUAAAUACUGUGUGAAGUACAGUCCUGGAUACAUUCUGGCCUCUCGUCUCGGCAUCACCAGCUAUCUCGUCUCCCGCUUCUCUGGAAGCAUCUUCAUUGGCAGAGGCUCUAAGAAGAAUCCCUGUGGGGAACAAAAGGCUAAUGUUGGCCUGAACCUGAAGUUCAACAAGAAGAACGAGGAGGUUCCUGGAUACACCAAGAGAACUGAAAAAGAGUGGCUCUACUCUGCUGCUGUAGAGGAGCUGCUAGCUGAAUACCUGGAAAGAUUUUGUGAAGUCUUUGACACAGUGUCCAGAAAUAGUCACGAUGAUGUUUUCUAUGAAGAUGACAUCUGGCCCGGAGAGGACCAGAACGGGGCAGAGAAAGUGACCGAGAUCACAUCAUGGUUGAAAAGUCACCCAGUCAGCUCCAUCAGCAGGACGUCAUGUGACCUCCAAGUGCUGGACUCCGCCAUCGUGGAGAGGAUCGAGGAUGCAGUGGACAAGGCCAAGGUGAAGAAGAGCACCAAGAAAGUCCGUGUGACAGUCAAACCUCAUCUCCUCUUCAGGCCGUUGGAGCAGCAGCAGGGUGUGGUUCCAGAUCCAGAUGCAGAAUAUCGACUGUUUGACAGAGUCGUCAACAUCAGGGAGAGCUUCACCGUCCCACUGGGGCUCAGAGGGACCAUCAUUGGCAUUAAAGGAGCGGAGCGUGAGGCCGAGGUUCUCUAUGAAGUGCUGUUUGAUGAGGAAUUUGCCGGAGGUCUCACCAUCAGGUGUGCGUCGCCUCGUGGUUACCGCCUCCCUCCCUGCGCUCUGAUCAACCUUUCCCACGGAAGCCGAGUGGACCACACCGCCCACAAGCUCACCGCCAUCGUCAAACCUCAGCCCGUCGCCGGCGCCAACUACAACUCGCACCGCCAGCUGGCAGGCCUCAACCACUCUCCUCGUUCACCCUUUGUACCCACACAGCAUAACAACAAACAUGGUGUGAUGAAGGCUGCAUCCCAGGGCAACAGGAGCUCUCCUUCUAAAGGUCCUAUUCAGAAACAACAGGGAAAGAGUAAAGAGGAGUACAGUAAUGUGUGGCAGUCUCUUCAGAACGCAGGCCCGCCUAACAAACCUCCAGCUCACUGGCACAAUAAUGAAGGAAAUGCCCAACAAGGGAAGAACCAACACACCAACAAAGCUGCUCCAACUGGUGGCAUCAGACUGUUGAAGAAAAAUGAAGAUGCCAACUCCCUUUUCCCAUCACAGAACACAGCCAACAAGGCCACAACUGAAUUUGAGGACCUCAUUGCUAGUUUAAAGAUCUCCAAAGGUAGUCAGCAGCCUCCACCCCCUUCUGCUCCUCCGCAAGCUCCCACCAACCAGUCAGACGGCCCGUUGUCUCCACAGUCCUUCGCCAUGAAGGGAACUCUGGUGCUGAAGGAGAUGCUUAAGAUUGACAGCACUGGAUCAGGAAGUCCAUCCCCCCAAGAGACAGGAAACGCUACGCAAUCCGCCGGUCAGCAGCAGAACAGGAGACGAUCGUCCAAGAAACUAGCUGCAAAAAUGAACACCCCCCACGGUGAUGGGCCUAUGCUACCAACACCAACACCGGGUGGCUCUGCUAACGCUGUGCUGACCAGUAAGGUGUCAGAGCUGGCCUGCGUCUGCGUGGGGUUGGGCAUGGCACCGCCCGACUUCAGCUUCAUACGCAACAGACAGGGUCUGGUAGUGUGUCAGGUGAAGCUGUCCAACGGGCUGAUGGUUCACGGUCCACAGUGCCAAUCAGAAAAUGAUGCCAAGGAGAAUGCGGCCUUCUUUGCCCUGCAAAGACUGAACUCCGUGGGGUCGGGCUUUCCGCUCCCACCUCCUCUAUAUCCAGGAGUGGGUCAGAUACGACCUCCACCCUUAGGAGCCAUGACGCCCGUCUUCAGCCAACAGGGUGGUUUGCUGUUGCCCCCUCAGGGUUACGGCCCGGCCCCUCUGUGGGGAAUGUCGCUGCCCCCUCACCACCACCAGAACCAGCCGUUCUACGGAGCAGCAGGGACCUUCCCCGGUGCUGCCCGUCCUCAGCCUGCAACAACACUGCCCAUCGGCUCCCACAACCAGUUCAUCCCGCUACAGGUGACCAAGAAGCGCGUAUCAGCCAAUAAAAAGAACCAAGAAACCCGAGAGUUCUACAGCGCCGCCCAAAUCGUCGCCAAGAACCAAACACAGAAAGCCCAGAACCAGCCGUCUGGCCACUCGCUAGCUCAGGGCGAACCACAGGGCGGUAAAAUGGACCACCAACACGCCACCAACAGCGACCCCUCCUCGUCCAGUCUGCUGGAUGCCGUUUCCACGACGACACCAGCCCCGCACACGCCCCCUCGACAGAGCGCUCCAUCUACAGGCCACACCCCCGGCUCCGCCUCCAAGAGGAAGCACAGGAAGUUGGCGGUCAACUUCGAGGCGGCUAAAGUGUCGGAGUGAUGAGCUUGUGUGUGUGUCUGUGUGUGUUUGUGUGAGGAGAGAGAGGUGUGUGUUGGUUUCAAGCUGCUGUUUUGCCGCCUGACUCGGGUGAAAACCGAGCAGCUUCAGUCAGGGCCUCUGUCGUCCGACCAAAACACAACUCAAAAACAUCAAACACACAAAGACGCCCAUCAUCCCCUCAGCUCCUCAGCGGUGAUCAGAGCCUGUCGUAGUGCUACGUUCCCCUGAGAUGGUUUUAGAACAGCCAGCGUGAGCCCACAGGCUGCUGUAGCUCGCUGGUGUGGAGGGGCAGGGUGCAUUCUGGGAUGCAGCCGCAGCUCUUUAGAUUUGAUUUCAAUCAGAAUAUUACCGCUCUGUUCAGAUCAACUAAAGGGAAAAAAAAAGGUUUAUUGCAGCAUUUUCUGUUGGUUGCUGUGGAUAAUAAUUCUAUCAGCUUUGCUAACGUGCUCAGAACGUUACAGCGAUGGGGAACAAAAAGCCUUGCCUUAGCUGUUCUUUCAUUUUUUUAUCAGUUGAUCAUUCAAAUAGGAAAAAAAAUAAAAGAUCCUAUAACAUUCUCCCACAGUCCAAACUGAUGCCUUAAAACGUCUCAUUUUGUCCGACAGUCCAGAGCCCGAAGAAAGUUAGUUUAAUUAGGAAAAGCAGAAAAAUGAAGAAAUGAGGAACAGCUAAUGCCUCAAUUGUCAAAAUGGCUGCAAAUUCAUUUUCAUUCAUUUGAUUAAUCAGCGUUUUAAACAUCCACCUACAAGUGAUUCAGUGUGCAGCCAUCUUUAGCUACACUUCUGUCUCCUUGAUCGGCUAAAACUGAUUUUGUCCACAACUUGUCUGAUUAUCUGUGUUUUUUAAUUGUUCCCAGAUCUCAGCAGUGACUUUAGCGUGCUAGCUCAGCUGAUAAACAACCAAAGCUGCAACAGUAAAAGUAGCGAUGAACCAUUUUCCUUUAGCUGCUCGAGCAGAGAGCAUUAGUUUUCCCAGAGGAAUGGAUUUGGAAACAGUCUUCUGACUAAAUUUGCUUUACAAAGAUUACGAUUGCCUUGUAUUUGAGAAGAUCUAGUGAAGUGAAACACUGCCUUUAAAGUGAUACGUCUUCAUUUAUUAUGUGUUUUAGGGAAAAUCCCCAAAUUGAGGCCAGCUGGAGUAAAAUACAAGUACAAGGGGGUGUUGGUGUAUUAAUUAUGUGUUAAAUAUGAGAUACAGGCCUUCUACGGUGGCAGCUUGGAUCAAAACAGAUGAGCUCUGUCAGGUUUGGAUCAGUGACGGAGCUCUUUUAAUGAUAUUUUCAUCAGCCUUUUUAUUUUUCUCUCAGUUUUUAGACUUUUUAUGGCUCCAGAGUACCAAGCUGAAUGUCUGCACACACGGCAGAGGUUUUGACAAAUUAUUUGAAUCUGACCCCUCAAACAGACACACACAUACAGAAACAGCAUAUUGUGGCUGCAGAGCUGUAACACCAGCACAGACUAACGACCCGAUCUGUCAGUUCUGUAGUUCUGCUCGGACGUACAGAAAGAUUUUCACUGCCAGAGUUUCCCAAAAGCAUCUUCACACUGGGGUUGUGUGAAACCAAUUUGUUUUCCCUCUAUUUUUAACUCGAAACAAGAAAAGGUUAUUGAUUUAAAGAUUAAUUUCUUGAAAAUUUGCUCGAUGUAAAAACCCGUCGAAUGUUUUUUCCUACCCGAAAACAUUUCAUUCAUACUUGUAAAUUAUUACACGUGUGGUUGUGGAACCAGCAGAUGAGACGGAAACCUUUUUUUUUUGUGAAUAUGGAAGCUCACGGAAUCAAUAAUGCCUUUUGUUCUCGACGUUGUCGGUAGAAGAGAAUAAAUGCGAACCAUCGAUGAGAAUUUUAAUGAUUUUUUUUGUUUGUUUUUUUUAUGGGUAAAGCUCUGAUUAAUCUCACACAGAGUCUAGUUUGUAUUUGCCAAAAGUCUUGAUUUCACUGUGAUACUUGUGUUGUCGUAGAACCUUAGUUACCUAUCAGUGGUGCAGGGCAUAACUGAUAACUGAUGAGCUUCCCGUACAUAUUGAUCAGUUAAUCUGAUCAGGUGAAGACACUGAUAUAUGGAGAUAUUGUCUGUUUCCAAAUAACUUAUUUUUGAAACAAGUGCAGCCAAAAAAAUGAAAAAAAUAAAUAAAAUCCAGUGUCGGGUAAAUCCAAAGCAUAUCUCUAAAAUGCCUUUGUGAGCAUUUUCCAAAUCUUGAAAUUCUUUUUUCUGUUUUAAAUUCUGGCCUUUAUCAUCCACCUCCACACAUCAGGACUGAAUUACACAAGCGCGCACACACACAUAAAAUCUCUCCAUUUUAAAGAUUUCUUUUUCAAACUAUGGAUUUUAAUGACGCCCUUUUUAUAGAUGCUCUGGGGGCCUUUUGUAAGCAACCUGACUAAUAUUCGUUUCAAUAAUGUUUCGUGGCGACGCUGCAGGCGACGGAAGCAGCCGUAGUAUUUACUUUGUCCUCGUUUCGAAGGACGCAGGCCGACAGCAUGUUUUUGCUCGUUUCUUUUUUUUUUUUUGGUUUGGUUUUUAAGGCUGACACCCUGGGACUGAAGUCUAUGAGGCUCUGGUGCAAUACGGGGAGGUUUUAAGACUAUUUCUUUUUUUGGGGGGGAGGAGUUGAAGCACACCUGUUGUAUGUGUUGGGGGUUUUUUUCGGUGGGGGGAGGGAGAAUAAAAGAAAGUGGGGAAAAAAAUGUCGAUAUGAACCGAUAAUGACUUGCUGUUUUGAUUCAGGAAUGUGCUGUACAGAUCCAUUUAAUAAAGGGAAUCUUUUGUUACCACGUG